AUGUCCUCCUUUCUGGUGCACCAGCGCAGUGGUGUUUACAACUACAUGCUCCACAUGGUGGCCUAUCAGAUAUGUUGCUGCUGUGGACCGGCCCCCUGCUCUCUGUGCUGUUCCUGCUGCCCCCCCAUCAAGUCCUCCACCAGCACACGCCUCAUGUACACCCUGUUCCACGUCCUGGCCUGCACCGUCUCCUGCCUCAUGUUCUCCAAGACCGUCUCAGAGGCAGUGAGCCAGAACGUGCCUUUUUUCACCCUGCUGUGCGGCCGUGCCCACGGGAGCGAGGACUGUCAGAUUCUGGUGGGAUACUCGGCGGUAUACAGGGUCUGCUUCGGAACCGCCUGCUUCCAUCUCCUCAUGGCGCUCUUCCUCAUCGACGUCAGGUCCAGCCAAAGCUACCGUGCCCUCAUCCAGAACGGCUUCUGGCUUUUGAAGUUCUUCAUCCUGGUGGCUAUGUGCACUGCUGCCUUCUUCAUCCCCACAGACUCAUUCUUGCAUGCUUGGCACUACAUUGGAGUGGUGGGGGGGUUGGCCUUCAUCAUUAUCCAGCUCAUCCUCAUCACAGCUUUCGCUCACACCUGGAAUAAGAACUGGUUAACGGGUGCUGCCAAGAACAAGUGCUGGUAUGUAGCCAUCAUGCUGGCCACCCUGCUCUUCUACACUAUAGCCGUCUCCGCCUUCAACUUCAUGUACCAGUACUACACGCACCCGGCCGCCUGCUAUCUCAACAAGGCCCUGCUGUGGACCAACCUGGGCCUCUGCAGCCUCAUGUCCUUCCUCGCCGUCACGCCCUGCGUACAGAGGAGGCAGCCUCGCUCCGGCCUGCUGCAGGCGUCCAUCAUCAGCUGCUACGUCAUGUACCUGACCUUCUCGGCACUCUCCAGUCGCCCCCCAGACACAGUGGUGUACGAGGGUACAAAUAUCACCGUGUGUCACCCGAACGUGAACCAAGAUGGCAUCCAGAAGGAGGGCAAUGCUGUCGCCAUUAUUGGGGCGGCUAUCAUGUACUGCUGUGUGCUGUUUGCCUGCAACGAAGCCUCCUACCUGGCUCAGAUGUUCGGGCCUUUCUGGAUGAUCAAAGUUUAUCGUUACGAGUUCAAGAAGGCCACUUGCUGUUUCUGCUACCUAGAAGAACCAGUAGCUCAGGAAUCAGCUGUGGUGCUUGAGGUGCAUGAAGGUUUUCAAGGAAGCCAGAGGGUCAUUCACAACGAGAAUCAACGGGUCACCUACAGCUACUUCUUUUUCCACUUUGUGUUCUUCCUGGCAUCUCUCUAUGUGAUGAUGACCCUCACCAACUGGUUCAGCUACGAGUCGGCUGUGCUGGAGACCACUUUCACCCAGGGCAGCUGGUCCACCUUCUGCGUGAAGCUGAGCUCCUGUUGGGCCUGCGUUCUGCUGUACCUGGGACUGCUGCUGGGUCCUGUGUGCUGCGGCCAGCCGGGGUCGGCCUCACGGCCUCGCCGCGCACGGAUCUGCGGGCGCUCCGCGGCCCGGUGCCACAUAGCAGUCAGCGUGUGA